UUUUAUGCGUUAAAAAAUAUUGAGCGAUCUCAUUUGCUAAUAACCGUGUUUAUAUUCAGACUGACAUGUUUGUUGUACACGCGUGCUCAAAAAAAAAGGCAUGAAGUAAAAUGCAAACAAAUUUUAUAAAAGAAAUAUAAAACGCGGCCGAGCUUGUGCCUAUUUAGGUUGAAGAAGCAAGAAAAACACUUUAUUCUACAAAGAUAAAUUGGUUAUCUUAUGCUCUCCCGCUUACCGUGUUUAUAUUUUUAAUCUCAUUCAAUAGUAUUUCUGCAUGUCUAAUAAAGCUGCUUAUGAAUAAGUCUGGCUUGUGAGUGGGUGACCUUUUACAGUCGAAUGGACUGGAGAAACUAUCUAUGUACGUUGACGAAAUCAAAACAGCAUUCCAACCUUCCGAAAUAGAGUUAAGAUCCUUAGAAAUUGCUGAUACAUGUUUCGUCCAAUUCUUUAUUCGAUCUCUGUACUGGUUUGGAGAUGACGGAAAUCCAAGGACAGAGUGCAGAACUCAUCGAGCCUUUCUGCGAGAUGAAUGUUAAACAAAAAGAAGAUACACAAAAACUACCACCCAGUGACAAAAAAGAGCAAAACCUUAUCGAGGAUUUCGGUUCGUACACAACACUUCAUGGCUUUCAUUUUACCUUGGAUUCAGGAUCAAUAUGGCGGCGAGCUUUGUGGGUGCUUUUGAUCGUCAUUGGUUUUGGGUUCCUCAUUGUGCAGAUCAAUUUUAGUGUUGGUAGACUUAACGCCAACGAGUUUACCGUACGAAAAAGUGUCGAAGUCUCGAAGAGUCUCCCAUUCCCUGCAGUCACAAUAUGCAAUCAAAAUAUGAUGAGAAAAAGUCAAAUCAUGGGAACAAUUGCACAGGACUAUUUGGAUCAAAUGGACUCGCUAAAGUUGUCUGUUGGUGGUGUGAAGCAAAAGGAUGUGCCAUCGUUUGAUGUCCAAAAGACCCUCGAAAAGGCUGGUCAUCAGUUGACUCACAUGGUUCUGAAUCAAUAUUUUCAUUUUGCUGAAGAGAGAUAUUCAUUGCAGCACUUCAUGCCAACUCUAUCAUCUUACCAUUUUGGACUUUGCUACACAUUCAAUGCAAACGGAUCUAGCGAAAUGCUAGUUGGCGCUGGUAAACGCCAAAGUCUCAAGAUUCAACUCGACGCUCAUCCAGAAGAGUAUUAUGGACCGUACAGCUACGAGGCAACAGGCUUUAAAGUUGCAAUACAUGAACCUGGUACAUACCACAACAUUGAUAAUGAAGGUUAUGAUGUAUCACCUGGGUUUUACACCAGUAUUAGAAUCAAACGAACCAAGACCAUCUCCCUGAAAGCGCCGUACGAAACAAAUUGUUCAUCAAUAAAGCUGGAAAACUUUGCCAAAUAUUCGCAGUCAGGCUGCUUCCAUACCUGUAUAUCAAAACAAUUGGCCGAUGAGUGUAAUUGCCGAGUAUUAAGCAUGGUCGAGAAAGGUAUCAACGUCACAAGAUUUUGCAAUACAACUGAGAUCAUCACAUGCAUUAGCAAAGCAUUCAAAAAGUCUCUUCAAGAUAUCAGUCCAGUGACGUGUGGUUGUCCUCAAGAAUGUGAAGCCAUUAAWUACAAUGUUAAAACRUCCAUCGCCUAUUAUCCAUCUGCCCAUCUCUGGGAUACUCUACUUCCGAUUGUGGCCAAAUUGACUGGACACAAUUCUUCGGAUCCUCAACAUAAAAUAACACUUCAAACAAUUGCAAGAAAACGCAUCGCUGUAAUGACUGUGUUCUAUGAAAACCUACUUACAGAUGUAACAGAGGAAAAACCUUCCUAUGGGAUUAGUCACCUUGGCUCGGACAUUGGAGGCAACAUGGGUCUGUUUCUUGGAUGCAGUCUCUUGACGCUGUGCGAGUUUAUUGAUCUUAUUAUUAUGGUAUGCUUGUACAGAUGGAAGAAAAUUGCAGUAUAAAUGACGAUAAUCACGUGACAAAGCUAUUUAUCGCACCAAAAGAAAUAGCAUGUUCUACGUGCAAUAAUGCAACAACUUUAACCGUCCCUUGCUUGUUAUAGUUUAAUCAAUUUUUAUUGCUUGUCUAUAGGAAAAGGACAUUUUCUUGCUUCUAUUGUAAAGCAAUAAGAAUUUUUUUCAAUUCCUAAGCUACUUCGGUUGAAUGUUGUAAGGGGUCUGUAAGCAUGUAUCAGCUGAGCAUGCAGAUUAACCCUCAGACAUGAUCAGAGUUUCUCUAUAUGUGACACUUCUAUCUACCAAAUUGAUAUCUAAAAGUUGCCUUUAGUACUAUUUAUUACAUUUCUGGGUGAUUUGUCAAAAUAACAUUUUCUUGUACAGUUAAAACUCUUACAUGAAUUUCCAGUUCUAUUACUAACAAAAAAUAUUGAUCAAAGACAUAAUCAGUAUUGUAUAUACAUGGAAUAAAUCAAUUAAAAUCCAGCAAUUACGUCA